AUGCCCACAGGCUGUACCGUUAAUUGUAAGGAGAUACCCAUGGAGCUUGUUUUUGUGAUAAACAGCCCUGAAAGCAUGGGACCUGAGAACUUAGCAGUCAUCAAAGAUUUUGUCAUAUCUCUAGUUGAUAGAGUCACUGUAGGGAGAAAUGCCACCAGGGUUGGCCUUGUGCUAUAUGGUUCAGAAGUUCAGCUCAAAUUUGGUCUGGACAGAUUCAUUGCCAAGCAGGAUGUGAAACAUUCAAUUAGGAAGAUAGCGUACAUGGGGAAAGGCUCUUACACAGGAACAGCCAUCCACAAGGCAUCCCGGGAAGCUUUUUGGGGGGCCCGAACAGGUGUCAGGAAAGUAGCUGUUGUGAUAACAGAUGGCCAAACAGAGAAGAGUGAAGCUAUCAAACUAGAAGGUGCCGUCCGAGAAGCUCAUGCAUCCAACAUUGAGAUAUAUGCCAUCGGAAUCGUCAAUACUUCAGAUCCAAAGCAAUAUGAAUUUGUCCGGGAAUUAAACCUGAUUGCAUCAGACCCAGAUAGGGAACAUAUGUACCUCUCUGACAGCUUUAACACCCUGCCAGAUUUGGAGUUCAAGUUGGCAAACCAGUUUUGUGCUAAUGAACAUAGUGCAUUUAUUUCUGGAGAAGCCAGAAAUGAGAGAAUAACCAGAAAGCCUUUCCAAUCUGCAUCAUCCAAGUCUGCAGAUGACUUACUCCACAGCAACAGAAUUAAUGGACAAAUGAUUUCAUCAGAUAAACAGAAAACAGAUAUACGAGGAAACUAUUUUGGCCUUGAAGAGCAUUCUCAACCAACCACAGUGAACAAAGAAUCACUGGCAUUACUGUAUAAGGACUAUGACAAAAAACACGAGAAAAUAAAACAGUUACCUCUAUCUUCAGUGAAUCUGCAAGAAAAUACAAGGAAUCCACAAUGUCAAUUAAAGUUAGAUCCAGGAUCAUGCCGUGUAUACGUUAUAAAAUGGUACUAUGAUAAGCAAGCCAAUGCUUGUGCUCAAUUUUGGUAUGGUGGCUGUGAUGGAAAUGCUAAUCGCUUUAACAGUGAAGAUGAAUGCAUAAAAGCCUGUGUAUUUUUCCCUGAAGAUCCCAGCAAGAAGUGUGGCAGAAACCUGAGAGAGGAAGAAGCAGCCCUAACAAGCUCUCUCACAGCUCCUUGA